AUGGAGUAUUACAGUUACCACAUAUUUGAACGUGCAGAAGAAUAUUCAACCAUCUUAAGAGCCGGAAAACUAUUUCAAGAGUUUUUAGUUGAUGCAUGGGCUGCUACAGAGCAAAGUAAGUUGGCAUGGCUCAUAUUCAACCAACCAACUUUGCGUUUUGACCUCUACAGUUGCAUUGCAGAUAUGAAAAAUGCGGAUUUAAAUCCGGGUUGUAGAGGUAAUCCUGUUAUUUUACCAUCUUCACACACUGGAAGCGGGAGGAAUAUGUACGAGAUAUACCAGGAUUCGAUGGCUAUUACACGUUUUCAUCACCAUCCAGAUAUUUUUCUUACAAUGACUGCAAACCCAAAUUGGCCAGAAAUAAAAAAUGCACUUUUACCCAAUCAGAGUGUCACUGAUCGUCCUGAUUUGGUAGCUCGAGUUUUUGAGCUGAAAAGAAAAGCAUUGAUGAAAGAAAUAAAGGAAAAAAAGGUGUUCGGCACGGUGGUCUCCCAUGUUUAUACCAUCGAGUUUCAAAAACGUGGGCUACCACAUAUGCAUGCUCUUAUAUUUUUGAAAGAUUCGGAAAAAAUUCGUACGGCAGACAUGGUUGAUAAAUUUGUUUCGGCUGAAUUUCCUAAUGAGAUAAAUGACCCAAUAUUGUUUGAUACCGUAAGCAAAUGUAUGGUUCAUGGUCCAUGUGGAGAGCGAGAUCCAUAUGCAGCGUGUAUGGAAAAAGGAAAAUGUACAAAAGGAUAUCCUAAGAAGUACACCGACACAACAACUUUGGACGAGGGUGGGUAUCCGAUUUAUCGUCGUCGUCGGGAUGGAAUAGAAGUUACUGUCAGAAACAACAAAAAGGCGUAUAAUAUAGAUGUUGUACCCUAUAACCCGCAUCUGUCAAGAAUGUUCAAUUGCCACAUCAAUGUGGAAAUAUGUGCAGGAAUAAGAGUUGUAAAAUAUAUUAACAAAUACAUUUACAAAGGUGGUGACCGAGCUACGAUGGUUUUGGGAGAACAUGACGAGAUUCAACAAUAUAUUGAUGCGAGGUACAUUGGACCACCUGAGGCUGUAUGGCGUUUGAUUGAGUACCACUUGCAUGAAGAAUAUCCUGCUGUACAACGGUUGGCAAUUCAUUUACAGAAUAGGCAACGGGUUGUUUAUAACACAAGGAAAUCAAUGGCCUCGGUUAUACUAACAACACAGGAACAUAAGACGACUUUGAUGGGUUAUUUUGAAUAUUAUGCUAAAAAUCCUAAUGCUCCGGCAUAUACUUAUCAACAGUUCCCGCAACACUUUGUAUGGUGUAAAAGGGUUAAACAGUGGAAAAUUAGACAACAAGGAUUUGCAAUUGGAAGAAUGUAUUUUGUUAGCCCUAACGCUGGAGAGUUGUACUACUUACGUAUGUUACUCACAACUGUUAGAGGUGCUAAUUCUUUUGAAGACUUGAAGACUGUAAGUAAUGGAGACGUAGACGAGGUGCACAAUACGUUUCAAGAUGCAUGUAUUGCACUUGGGAUUUUAGCACAUGAUGGAGAAUCGGAAAAAUGUCUUCAGGAAGCAGUGGUUAUGCAAACCGGAAAUCAGCUGAGGAAACUAUUUUGUAUUAUCCUAUCGCAAUGUAAUCCAUCAAGACCGGAGGUUUUGUGGGCGAAAUUUGGAAUGAAUAUAUGUGAUGAUCUACCACAUAGAUUGCGAAAAAGGUUUAACAUCCAGAAUCCAACAGAUGAACUGGCAAUGGAUUACGGAUUAUACCUGUUGGAUCAACUGCUUCAACGAUCUGGAAAAAAACUAGAAAAAUAUGAAUCAAUGCCGAGACCAAGACAUGAUUGGGGUCAAAUAGUAGGUAACAGAUACAUUUGGGACCAUAGACAACUUCAGUUUGCAUUAAGUGAUUCGGUGAUUCAGUCAGAUAUUGAGAAAUUGAAUGUCGCACAACGUUCGGCGUACAAUGCGAUAGUGGAUUCUGUGAAUGAUCGUAAUGGACAAAUGUUUUUUCUGAAUGGCAGUGCAGGGACUGGAAAAACUUUUUUGUACAACACAAUAGCAAGAAGAUGUCGUAAAGAUGGAAAAAUAGUCUUAACUGUUGCUUCAUCUGGUAUCGCUUCACUACUUCUUGAUGGAGGUCGAACGACACAUUCCACUUUUAAGAUUCCAUUUGAAGUCCAAGACGAUAACAGUAUUAGUAUUAGUAAGGACUCGGAUUAUGCCCAGCUGCUUAAAGAAGUAAGAUUGAUCAUAUGGGAUGAAGUUUCAAUGCAACAUAGAUUUUGUGUGGAAGCAGUUGAUCGCCUACUACGAGAUAUUCGCAGUGAUGACAGACACUUUGGAGGUGUAACAGUCGUCUUGGGUGGAGACUUUAGACAGACUUUACCAGUGGUCUCGAAUGCAAGUCGAGAACAAGCUGUUGGAGCAUCUAUAAGAGGUUCAUUUCUUUGGGAUUACAUUACUGUCUUGACGUUAAACCAAAAUAUGCGAUUGGAGCAGGAACCGGAAAAUUUGGAGUUUGCUGACUACUUGCUUGAGAUUGGAACGAACCCUAAAGAGGUUGUUAAUCUUCCAUCGACAAUGGGUAGAUGUCAAAACAUGCAUGAGCUAAUAUCUUCGGUGUAUCCUCUGUUGGUAAUGGACGAACCAAUGUCACCCAAAUACUUAACCGAGAGGAUCAUUUUAUCUCCACGUAAUGAAGACGUCCAUAAGAUUAAUAUGGAUGCAUUAGAAAGAUUACAUAGGGAGACUUACACGUAUUUUGCUGCUGACAAAAUGAUUCGGGAUGAUCAUGGAAGGGAUUCGGAUUUUACAACUGAAUUUCUCAACAAUUUAAGUCCACCAGGAACACCUCCAUUUAAGCUAGACCCCAAAGUUGGAUGUCCCAUUAUGUUGCUGAGAAAUCUGGCACCGAAAGAAGGCCUUUGUAAUGGUACAAGACUGGUGGUGACGAGGUGCGGACGACACGUGAUUGAAGCUAAAAUCAUAACGGGAGAAAAAGCUGGUGAAGUUGUAUUCAUCCCUAGAAUAACUUUUCAACCUUCAGCUUCAGAGCUAAACAUACAAAUGGAAAGACGUUAA